UCCUUCAGAAAAGAUAUUCAAAAUGAAAAUUGGUAUUGUCACUCGAUUAAUGGCACCGCUAGGUAAACUUUAUUGGUCUCAAAUAAGCGCUGAACAAAAGGAAGCUUUACUUACAACUAUUCAGGGUGAAUUUGAGAUUGAUUUAAGUGAUCCACAUGCAAGAGAAGUAGUAUAUGGAAUGAUGGCUAGACGAUUUAGAAACUUCAAGUAUCAGUGUCACUUACACUAUAAGACGUUCCCUACUCGUGAGGAAGCUGAAAAACAUCCACCCAAGGAUGUAAAAAUUAACGAUUGGAAGAACCUAUUGCCUCGCAGCUUAUCUGCGUAUGCUUCCCGAUGA